AUGAGCGAGAUGAUACGCUUCAAUACCACAUUAUUGCUGAAUCAGCAGCAAUACCAAGCCAAACAAAUUAGCUUUAACGAAGAAUUUGCAGAAACUGAAAAAGAACUAGAACAAGAAUAUCUAAAUAAGCUGAAGCUUGAAACUCCUGACGCCCCCCUAUCCUUGAUCGAACGAUUGACUGUAAAAAUUCCUAAAAAUUGGGAAAAGUUUGGGAAGAUGUACAUAAUGAAGUUGUUUUCAGAGCUUGAGACGACAGAAAGCUACGGAAUCAACUAUCCGAAGUGAUUUAGUCAUCAACCUAGACUUAAAAACUCAAUAAUAUAAUAAAAUAGAGAUUCUUUAAAAUUUUAAAAAACAAAUUUUAAUUCAAUAAGGAACAAAUUAAAAUUUAUACAGUUUAAAAAGGGUAACUAAUAAUAAAUCAAAAUAUUAAAAAUUGGUAUUUUAUGAAAUUAAUUCAAUUUUUUGAUGUAAAAAUAAUUAUUAAAUACUCUUAACCCUCUUAUUUAAAAGUAAAUAAAAAUAUAUAUAUAUAUUUUUGUUUAUUUUAUAUAUAAAUUUUUUUCCCAAAAAAAUUUUUUUUUUUAACCCCCAUCCUUGAUCGAACGAUGGCGAGCCGUUCGAUCAAGGAUGAGGGGAGUGAGUUUGCUCGUGAAAAUUUGAAACUUUCUCAUCUUAGGUCAACUUUAAAUAACCAAGUUUUCAAAAACCAGAAAAAACAAGUCAAGCUGGAUUUUUUAAAGCGCCAAAAAGACACUUUGGAAAACCCGACGUCCCCAUCUCAUGCAAUUCCACAAACUCCGCUUAAAGAAAAAUCUAUAGAAAUCCUUGAAUAUAAAUUAGAACAGCUACAAGAACAGAUUAACGACAUUGAAAAUAAAGAACUUUUAGAACUAGAAAGGACUGAUCAACUUAAUAACAUGCUGAUUAGGACUAGAGCUCAACAUUUAAAAAUAAAAGGAGAUGUUGAAGAUAUAACAGUUAUUUAUAAUAGAAUUACCAGACAUUUAGGAGAUGUAAAGUACGCUUCACAAAAAUCCGGCACGAAUUUGCUUGCAGCACAAUAUGAAGUAUGAAAAAUGAAUAAAAUAUAUAUUCUGGGAUAUUUAAAUAAGAAAAAAUUCACUAUGUCUUUGAGGAUAACAAAUUAAUUUAAUAAAAAUUACAAAAGAAAAAAAUGUAAGAUCUCAAAAAAUUGACCAAAAAAAAGAAAUUAUUGACACAAUCAAUACCAAAAUUAAGGACAGCAUGAAGCAAAUAACUCAAAACAAGCUGAAGAAAAAAGAAUUUGAUUACAAAACAAAAAACAUGUUGAACAAAGUUGAGAAAAAAUUAGAAAAAUACACAGAAAACCAAAUUUUGCAUAAAAAACAGAUGGAAUCUUUAAGCCAACUUAACCUGUCGCUAAAGACUAUUGCAAAAAUUACUGGAAAAGAAAUAGGAAAAACUGGUUUUAAUAUAGAAGAAGCGAACAAAAUAAUUGAAGAGUACCAGCUUAUUGCUUAUAAAUAUGACCAUUUACAAGUUUACUAUAUAAACCUUACGGAGCAGCAAGAAAUUUUCAAAAAAGAUUAUGAGACUUUAAAAAGCGAGCUGGUUGAGUUUAGGUCUAUCAAUGAAAACUAUGAAAGCCAGCUAGAAAAUAUGAAGCAAAAAUCUUCAGCUAUUUUCCAAAACACAAAAGCAGAAACUUAUAACCAGCUUUUAUCGUUUAUUGAAGAAACUCCUGGACUUACCCAUCGUAUGAUUUCUAAUAGAAAUGAAAAUUUUUCUAUUUACACUUUGCUUUAUAUAAUACAGAUAACGGCUUUUGAUUUUUCUCAGGGGACUUUCCCUUGGUAAACAUUUUUCCAGCAUUAUUUUUAAUUUAUCUGAACAAGGUAAAUAAAUUAAUUAAAUUUUCUCUAGGGAAAAACCUUUGACUAAAAUACAGAUAACACAAAGACUCCUGACACAAGCUGAUUAUAUAGAAACAGAGACUGGCUCAGAAACAAUGAGAGAAAAAUUAGAAGAAUUAAAGCACAAAUUUGAAGAUUUAAUAAAAGAUUCUAUAAGAGGUAGCAGCGAUAUGUCACCUGCUGGAAAUGAAAAUUCGUUUUCUAAUAUAGAAAACAUUUUGCAGUUUUCACUAUAUCAAACUCCUGCGACAAAGAAUUUUUAUUUAGAUAUGUUUCCUGGAGAAGAAGAGCAGGCUACUAUAUUUUCAGAAAAAGCUAAUGAAAAUAUGAUCAUUAGAUAUUUUAUGCUGGGCUGAUCUAAUAAUUUAUUAUUAAAAUAUUAUUUUUUUAAAAAACCUACUUAAUCUAAUCACUAUAUACAAAUGCAAGAGAAUUAAAAACAUUUUUAUUAAACCUUGGCGAUAGCAGAACCAUACAUGAAAUCUUAAGUAAAUUUCCUAUGCUUUAUAGCACCAGUCACAAAAAUAUACAACUCAAGCUAUCUGCUGCUUCAGAAACCUUGUUCGGGCUUGUGAAAAGUAUGGCUGAGCAUAUAAACGAAAUCCAAACCCGGCUAGAAAACAGUGUAAAUAGAAGACCAGACAGAACCAUGAUCCGCCGCAAAACAAUUGAAAUGGAAGAGCUCUUUAACAGCACAGAAAGCACGGAUAGUAUCAAAACCACUGACCCGUUAAUGCGGUCUAUUAUAGAAUUCAAGCUAAAGCAAAUGCGAAGCUCUAAAAAGAAAAAUACUUUUCAAUUAAAAGACGAUUUUGAGCAGUUUUUACAAAGAUUCCAAGUACUGGAGCCAUCAAGUCCUAGGAUUGAAAACCCAAGGAUAAAGUUUCAUGAAGAAGUCAAUGAACUUUUUAAUGAAAUUCCUGAGGAGGAUGAAGAAGGAAUAGGCUUUGAGCCGAAUUCAAAUUCUAAGAGGCUUUAUAUGUCGAAUACUAUUAAUCCCUCGCCAGCUGAAUUGUCAGUGUCUCCACCUUUGCCUGUUUUGUCACCUCAUCAUGGGAAUCAUAGCAGUGAAAUUACGAUAAAGCAAAAGCGAGAACUAAAUAAUCAAGCAAUUCUUAAUGAAGUUCGGAAAAUCGAAAGUGGACUGAUAAAGGUAAAAAGGCUAGAAAAGCAGCCUACAAUUUUAGAUUCCCCUCAAUACAAACAAGAGAGAAAAAAGAAAGAUAGCCUGCUAAAAUUCCCUGACAUCCGGAAAAGUUCAGGACUUGACAUGAAUAGGGUUUUAUCGUCAUCAAGAUCUGCACAGUCUUUAAUUCCUGAUUCUGAAGAAAAUAGCACUAAUAAUAAAAAUUAUGCUGCAUUAAAUUAAAUUUGUUUAAAAAUCUCAUAUAAUAGCCCAAAAAAAUUAUAUAGAAAUUAUUUUAUAUGCAUAUUUCUAAUAAACUCAAGCACUUUUUUAUAUAAAAAUAACUAGAAAUUGUAUAUCCUUAAUAAUUAGGUAUAA